AUGAUUCUUGGCAAGAAAGCAGACGACUUCUUUGUCGCCGUCAAGCACCAUCUGGACAACAUCAAGCCCGGUCGGUUGGACAGCAGCCUCGACGCCUUUCAACAAGCUGCCACAACCCUUGUUGACUUGUCUGGAGACCUCAAAGGACAGGACCUUGCCCAUCUGAUCUACAAUGCCAAGGCGACCCUGCUUUUCACGCAGAUCUACAUUGUGCUGGCCAUUGUGGUUGGCGCUUUGGUGAUCAGGAGGCUGGGAGCAUUCAUUCACCAUGUUCGCAAGAGCUUGAGGAACCUUAGCGAUGUGACCGAGGUGCAGAAAAACAUCCACUACCAGACUCAAUUCGCUGGCGCCGUCCACCGAUUCAUUGAAUAUCAGCAUGUCUUGCACGACAAAGAGUACUUGAACGACCCGCAGGAUGCCGUCUACUUUGUCUAUCAUCCUGGAAACGACUGGCACGCCUCAUUCCAUGCCGAGGACGUCUCUGUCAAAGGGUUUGGAGGUGUCUACGACGAUCUUCCAACGCUCAUCGAGCAUCUACGCACUCUUCGCCAGGAUCCCGAGUUCAGUGCUGUCAUCUUCAUCUUACUUCCAUCAGCCCAUCGCUACGACUUGACUGUUGAUCUCCGCUCUAAUACGGCCCUCUUGCCUCUCAAAAUUCGAGGGCAGAGAGAUUAUAGCGGCAAAGCACUAUGCCGUGGUCAAAUCAGAGGCAUGCCGCUGGGCGUAGACCUAAAAGACGUUGAUUGCUCGCCAAAGAAACCGGCACCAUAUUGGCCAUUCCUUUGGCCAUUCUUUGGCUUGGUAGUGGUGCUCAUGGCAUCAAUCGCUACUUCAGAAUACAUAGAGAAUUGA